AUUAUUUUACGUAAAUGCUUUUAACUGAUGUUAUUUAAAUCUAAAAUCUUGUGUGUCCAUUGCAAAUUCCUGUAAUUUUAAAUGUCCCCUGACAGUUGACAACUACCAGUGCCUUUUUGACACCAAAAUUACGCGCUAAACUCUCCAAACACCAACAACGAUGGAACCGAUGACGUUGGGCAGUGCACCCUCGAGUCCGGCAUCGCCGGGCAUCAACGCCAACUUCCUACCCGGUUUUUUGAUGGGUGACACACAGCCAACUACCCCAAACCCGACGGUUUCGCCGGGCAGAAACAGAACGUCGGGCAGCUUCAAGAUGGGACCCGCCAACACUGACAGCCGAAGCCUGCGCCAGAAACUGUUCAACCAGUCCUUAAGCGAAAGUCCCGCACCCAUGUCACCGUUUUCCACCGUUUCCGAAAAGGCCGGGCCACCGAAGCUGGGGCUCUUCGACAGCAUCGAGCAGAGCAGGAGACCCACCAGCCCCAUCAUGAGCAGUACCGUCGCAAAUUACAACGACUCACCCGUAUUUAAUGAGAGCAUCUCCAGGAUACAAGAUGAUAGUUUGAACUACAGUAGAAAUUUGAAUAAUGUUAGUGAACUAAACAGAACUAUGAAUGCCAGUAGUCGUGUGGAAAGGCUUGAUUCGAACUGGGUUACUGUUUUUGGUUUUCCACCGAGUGCUUUAACAAUUGUCCUCUCACAGAUGCAAAAUUGUGGCCCUAUUGUUGAUAAAAAGAUACCCUCAGUUGGCAACUGGGUGCACAUAAAGUUCAAUAAUGCUAAUGAAGUGUCCCGUGCCUUGGCCCUCAAUGGUAGAUGCAUAGCCAACCAAAUUAUGAUUGGAGUGCAAAUCUACCACAACAGGGAGAACAAAGAAAACGAUACCUCAUGUGUUUACACAUCUCCUAUAAGGGCUAGGUCUUUGAGGCACUCCUUUGUCUCACCUAACAAUUCAAAUACUGUGAUUGCCCCUCAAGUUGUGCCACAAAAGUCCACUGGUAUUGUUACAAAAGCAAUGGAAUAUGUUUUUGGUUGGUAAUUAUGUUUGUACAAUGAUUGAUUCAUAAUUUGGUAAUUAUACAUUUUAUAUUUUUUUUGUAAGUUAUUGCGUAUAAGUUUGUAAUUAUGUAUCUGCAAUUAAAUUUUACAAUAUAUUUUAUUUAUGUAUCUA